UCGAAAUCCAGGUUCCUUCGAUGCUGUCCCGACGUGUGCAUGCUUCGUGCAUGAUGAGAGUAGCGUCAGUCGCAAGCAUUUCCACGUGGAAGUUUGCAGCUGGUCGAAUCAAGCGCAAAUGGGCUGGCAUGAAACAGCGUACGUCGUGGAGGUUUCGACAGCGGCGGAACGGUGUGGUCUUUCAAGUCGAUGGCGAAGACACGGAAGAUGAAAUGCGUCGAACGUGCCCUUGACCGACGACAAGUACUGCCACAACAUCUUGGCCGAAGCACCCCCGGAUGUCCUGAAUGGCAUCUUGGGAGCAACGUCCCCCGAAGGAUCCGACAGCUUCUGCUCGACCAUGACGGGUUUCAUGCUGCACACUUGCAGCUCCGUGGUUCGAUCGAGAGUGCUCGACGUGAUCACGCACGAGCGACUGGACGAUAUCAACUUGACCAACCGCGGCAUUAUCAUUCGAGCCAUUCAGCAGCACCUGGCGUCGCCGCUGAAUCGCCAGAAGCCCGACUUCCAAAAGGCCGCGUUCAACGUGAUCAAAGGCACGUACGGAUCCGACUUGACUCGAUUGAAGGAAGUGAUCAACUCGGACUUUCUCCUUCCCUCCCACGACCACGGCGGGUUCCACGGCGGCGACCUCCAUCAGCUCAUCUACGGCUGCCGGGACCUGACCCAAGUGGUGUCGGUGGCGCAGCACAUUGCCGUGGAGGCGCUCAAGGUCGUCCAGAGUCCGCCGCUGAUCAAAAUCCUCAGCGACAUCGACGACACGUUGUUUGCAGGCUGGGUGGAUGCGCGGUAUCCUGGCCACACAUUAUACCCUGGAGUGACCACGCUGUUCCAGUGCAUGUCCCGCGGAGUGGACUGCAGCAAUCCGUCCGUGACGUUUCUCACCGCGCGGCCCCGCGGCUGGUUCAGCUUUGGCCGCAACUUGACCGCCGAUCACCUCGUGAGUCUAGGGCUGGCCAACCCCACCGUGCUCAACGGGUCUGUUCGAACUGGAGUCAACCCGAAAAAGAUUGCAGGACUCAAAUUGGACAACUUUGUGCGGUACACGAGCCUCUUCCCCGAGUAUAAAUUUGUGUUCUUCGGCGACUCUGGCCAAGGCGAUGCCCUCCUUGCAUCUCAAAUGCGAGCUCUUUACCCCGACAAGGUGCUCGGUACGUUUAUCCACGACAUCAACCCGUCGUCUCCGUUGACGGGCGACGGAGGGGCCAAGGCCGACUAUGUCAAUCGUGGCGUCCACUUGUACGAGAAUUAUGCUGCGGCGGGCAUGAUCGCAUUUGAGCUGGGUCUAAUCUCCAAGGAGGACUUGGCCCUUGUGGUUCAAAGCUGCCGCGACGAGCUCGACAUGAUGACCUUUACAGGAUGGAACUCGACCCAGAAACAAGCCGACAGGAAGCAAGAGCUCUUCAACGACUGCGACCGAUUCGACUCGAAACAUUCGAUUCCGUCCACUUCAAAAUAACAUAAUACACAUCGAUUGUCGUC